AUGGACAAUGUGCCUUUGCCGAAGACGGGUCGGCUGUGGAAGUCCAAGGCAGACUUAUUCCGGCCAUUUAGAACGGCGGCAGCGAAUGCAGCAGCAGACAAGGAACACAGAACACACCCGGCUUCUGCCUCUCCUAUAUCUCUCUUAUACGAUCCCUCAAACUUGCCUGAAAGGGAGGAGCCUAAUCUCAGAGAGCUGAAUUCUGCUUUACGUGCUCUGGUCGACGUCUUCCCCGAUGUACAGCCGGAAGUGUUCCGGGAGAUGCUCAUCAGCAUUAGCGAAGAGAGUCGCUUGCAGGUCGUGACGGAGCAUCUUCUGACGAAGAAGGCGAAGUGGGUCCAAUCCAGGUAUAGAACCACGGGCAAAACCACGCCAUCAAAGCCCGGGAAGUCCAGUCGAGAGCCAAGUCGAGGCGCAAGAAGCGAUCCUCCACUGGCAGACGAAGACUUGUUCCGCAGUGAAGAUUACAAAAAAGCAGUCAAGCAAGUCUUCUACCAAGAGUUCAAUAGUUUGAGCAAGUCGACCAUUCGUGGCGUGCUUGCUGAACAGAACUUUUCGUAUACACUAUCAAGACCCGUUCUACAGCAAGUCGCAGCUCGCUCGUGGCGCUUCUCAUUCGGUCAGUUCUGGUCCAGACGAUCGGGCCACGAUCCUACUGAUAUUCGUUCUCAUCCAUUCAUCGUGUGGCAGAACGAUCAAGAGCCAUUCGUGCGCCGGACCGGAAGUCUAGAACUCGACCACGAACUGUAUGAACUCUUCGCUCUGCCCUUUGUCACACAGAAGCGGCAGGAUCGUGCGCGAGCCGACUUUGAAAUAGCGACUGCAUUGAACGAUACGGAAGCUGAAGAGGCCGAGGCCCUCUUCGAUUGCGAAUGUUGCUACAGCUCCGUUUCAUUUGAGCGCGUGGCUGUGUGCGAUGAUGCGUGUCAUCUUCUCUGUCUAGAUUGCAUCCAGCGGACUGUAAACGAAGCACUAUACGGUCAAGGCUGGUCACGAGCAGCCAACUUGGACCACGCCACUGUACGAUGUUUCGCCUCUGAAGACUGCUCGGGCAACAUCCCGCAGGACCUCGUCCGCCGAGCGUUGACUCAAGGCGUGGACAAUACUGAUAUUUGGAACGACUUCCAAGCCCGUGUGACGAACGAAGCACUUCUUCAGUCUCGCCUGCCAUUUCAACGAUGCCCCUUUUGCGAUUAUGCCGAAGUGCAAGAGUACCCAAGACCACGCCUCCGACAUCCUUUGGCGAUAUGGAGCCACAUUGCCAGCCGAGCGCCACCCGCCAUCCAAAUCAUGUUCUUAUCAUUCUUUACGUUCCUCACACUAUUCACCAUACCUUGCUCCAUCCUCGGCAUGACCGUGUACAUCCUCAUCAGUCUGAUACCUCCUUUGAACAGGAUCUUCAGACAAUCCGUCACUCGCCUCCAGAAACAUCGACGGCCUCCGAAGUUUACCUGUCGCCAUCCGGACUGUCGUCGGACGUCCUGUAUCAAAUGCACUGCGCGCUGGACCGACCCUCAUUCCUGUUUCGAAUCGGAAAAGACGUCCUUGCGCACGGCGAUCGAGACGGCCUCUUCACAAGCCAUCAAGAGAACGUGCCCAAAGUGUCUACUAUCCUUUGUCAAAGCCUCAGGAUGUAAUAAAAUGGUCUGCAAUUGUGGUUACACGAUGUGCUAUGUCUGUCGGAGUGAAAUUACGAGUAAAGAGGGUUAUGGCCAUUUCUGUCAACACUUUAGAGUGAAUGGGGGGAGGUGUGGGGAGUGUGAGAGAUGUGAUUUGUAUGGAGAUGAAGAUGAACAGGCUGUGAUUAGGAGGGCUGGAGAGGAGGCGGAGAGGCUGUGGAGGGAGAGGGAAGAAGGACACGCGGGGAAAGGAGAGAUGUAUACCAGCCUCUAUUGA